AUGUGUGUAUGUCAACUGACCUGUGUGUGUUACAGUGACUGUGUAAUUGUGUGUUCCAGAGCCACCGUGAGGAAGGGCAUGUCGUUCAGUACAGCGAGGCCCAGUGAUUCAACCUUAUGGGACAUCGCCCUGGAGUCUGGCAGAGGGGGCGCUAACACCAUCUCUGUCGUGUGUCAGAGAAAGACCACCAACACCGGGAAAAGGUGUGUGUUCAAGAAUGGGAUAGGCUCCUUUCCAACCUCUACUGAAUUCCAAACAAUGAAACUUCAAAUGGUUCUGAACAUCUUAUUCAUUACAAUAGUGACACCGUUUGAGUGACUGCCAAGUUUCUAAUAGCCCUACAUUUUCUGCAAACAUCUUGACUUAGGCUCUCUUAAAUCUUUAAGAUGGCCUUCCUCUGUCCUGUUACUACUGAUAUAAGUAGUGUAAGAAUGUUGAUGCACAGCACUUGUCCAAAGACAAGGGUAGACGAAACAAACAGGUUGUUUGUUAUAGAUUUCCAGAUUCUGAGAAGGAAGAGAUUGCAAAUCUAGGAUUUGAUUGAGGAGGAAAACAAUUUAACUUCAUCAGUUGCCGUGUUGGUGUGGUCCUGGCAUCUGUGCAACAGCCUGUUAUUGUAUGAAGCAGAUCUAUGUUACAUUGUGAUGAGUCACUCUCAUUGUAAAUAGGCUAAAGGGACUAUUCAAAUACCUCUUUAGGGAACUAUUAUAACAGAUACAGAAUAUGUGGCACUGUUAUUUGCUUUAGGCAGUAAUUCCCCUGGUUUACAUUAGAUAUGUUAUGGGGCCUGGUGUUUUCCCUGGUCAGGUGAGGCCAUGUGGUCAGGAAAAACUCUGGGCCCUAGUUAUAAUCUUACACAAUAUGCACCGGUUUCCCGGACAGAGAUUAAGCCUAGUGCUGACCAAAACAGCAUUCCCCAAUGAAGAAUAUUCAUUGAAAUAGACUAUACGACUAAUCUUUGACCAAGAAACCAGCCCUGUAAAUACACGGAAUAACAUACAGAAGUUGACAAUGCCAAUCAGUUGUUUGUAAUACUCUUUGAGAUUAUGAUGACAUCAGUAAGAACAUUAGUAUUCCUGCUGUCUACUACAGUUGGGGAGGGAUCAACUGGGUUAAUAUGAACAGUUUAAAACCCUCAAACUCAACUCUGGACCUCAAAGCCCGUUCCACUGCAUUUUUUCAUUGUUCCCCUCUAAUCAGGGCCUUAUUUAUUUAGACCUGGGACACCAGGUGGGUGCAAUUCAUUUUCAGGUAUAACAGAAAACCAGCAGGCUCAGGACCUCGUAGGGUAAGAGUUGAAUACCCCUGGUUUAGAAUAUUUCUUCAUUAUGUGAUCUUCUAAUCCCCCAUCUUUAUAUCAGACACAUCUUGUUAGUGACAACUCAUGUCCAUUUGUCAACUGUUAUUUUGUCAUUAAAGGCAUUUGUGUUCGAUGAACCAAGCGAUGGACACAAGUCACUGCUGCCAAUAGUUUUGAGUUGCUAUAUUAUUCAUGUAUGUAUUUGAUUGAAAACAUUUUGAGAAGUUGGUGACACUUCGUUUUUACUCAUGGACACAUGAAAAAUUGUAAGGGGCCAGGUAACAGAUGCACAUCUACAGUAUUUAUUGAUGGACUGGACAUGUUGGCUUUAGAGGACAGCAUCACACAGCAUCACACAGCAUCAUGUGUCACAGCAUCAAUGAUGUGCUGUCCACAUGGAACAUUGUGUGCUGCUAUCACAGCACUACCUGAUCCAGAUGGCAAAACAAACCUCUGCCCAGCAACCUCCCAGCACUUGCUCUCCCCCUCAGACAAACACUCACACACACACACACUCCAACCCGGCUCAGCGUGCCGCCCGUCCGACCCACUUAUCUGUAAUCAUCAGUAAUCAUCAGUGCGUUAUCCGGGCUUAAGCACUGGCUGGCGCGUUCUGGGCAAGAUUAGGGGCCCAGAUAUUCCAAGUCCCAGCAGCGGUAUUAACUUGUGAAUAACCAGUGAACACCCAGGCGGGUGGACAGAGGUCCCCCCCCCCCUCCCCCCUCCCUCCCACGCACCCACCAACCAAUCUGAGCUGUAGAGAGGCUGUCAAGGCCCUGUCUGGUUUUAAAAUCCUUGAGAGUCGAUUGACGCACCCGUGCACCCAUCAAAAUCCAUCUGUUUAAGAUAGAGAUAUCAGGGGAGGUUUGAUGGGCUGCGUCUCAAACCACCGCAUCCGCCCAUGUCAGCCUUCAGCAUCUGCGAUGGAAAGCUGAUUUUGUACGUUUGCCCACAGACAAAGACAUGAUCAGUCUAUAAUUUUAAUGGUAGGUUUAUUUGAACAGUGAGAGACAGAAUAACAACAAAACAAUCCAGAAAAACGCAUGUAAAAAAGGUUAUAAAUUGAUUUGCAUUUUAAUGAGGGAAAUAAGUAUUUGACCCCUCUGCAAAACAUGACUUAGUACUUGGUGGAAAAACCCUUGUUGGCAAUCACAGAGGUCAGACGUUUCUUGUAGUUGGCCACCAGGUUUGCACACAUCUCAGGAGGAUUUUGUUCCACUCAUCUUUGCAGAUCUUCUCCAAGUUAUUAAGGUUUCGAGGCUGACGUUUGGCAACUCGAACCAUUAGCUCCCUCCACAGAUUUUCUAUGGGAUUAAGGUCUGGAGACUGGCUAGGCCACUCCAGGACCUUAAUGUGCUUCUUCUUGAGCCACUCCUUUGUUGAUUUGGCUGUGUGUUUGGAUCAUUGUCAUGCUGGAAUAUCCAUCCACGACCCAUAUUCGAUGCCCUGGCUGAGGGAAGGAGGUUCUCACCCAAGAUUUGACGGUACAUGGCCCCGUCCAUCAUCCCUUUGAUGCGGUGAAGUUGUCCUGUCCCCUUUGCAGAAAAACACCCCCAAAGCAUAAUGUUUCCACCUCCAUGUUUGACGGUGGGGAUGGUGUUCUUGGGGUCAUAGGCAGCAUUCCUCCUCCUCCAAACACGGCGAGUUGAGUUGAUGCCAAAGAGCUCGAUUUUGGUCUCAUCUGACCACAACACUUUCACCCAGUUCUCCUCUGAAUCAUUCAGAUGUUCAUUGGCAAACUUCAGACGGCCCUGUAUAUGUGCUUUCUUGAGCAGGGGGACCUUGCGGGCGCUGCAGGAUUUCAGUCCUUCACGGCAUAGUGUGUUACCAAUUGUUUUCUUGGUGACUAUGGUCCCAGCUGCCUUGAGAUCAUUGACAAGAUCCUCCCGUGUAGUUCUGGGCUGAUUCCUCACCGUUCUCAUGAUCAUUGCAAGUCCACGAGGUGAGAUCUUGCAUGGAGCCCCAGGCCGAGGGAGAUUGACAGUUCUUUUGUGUUUCUUCCAUUUGCGAAUAAUCACACCAUCUGUUAUCACCUUCUCACCAAGCUGCUUGGUGAUGGUCUUGUAGCCCAUUAAGGCUUGUGUAGGUCUACAAUCUUGUCCCUGACAUCCUUGGAGAGCUCUUUGGUCUUGGCCAUGGUGGAGAUUUUGGAAUCUGAUUGAUUGAUUGCUUCUGUGGACAGGUGUCUUUUAUACAGGUAACAAACUGAGAUUAGGAGCACUCCCUUUAAGAGUGUGCUCCUAAUCUCAGCUCGUUACCUGUAUAAAAGACACCUGGGAGCCAGAAAUCUUCAAAUACUUAUUUCCCUCAUUAAAAUGCAAAUCAAUUUAUAAAUUUUUUUGACAUGCGUUGUUCUGGAUUUUGUUGUUGUUAUUCUGUCUCUCACUGUUCCAAUAAACCUACAAUUAAAAUGAUAGACUGAUCAUGUCUUUGUCAGUGGGCAAACGUACAAAAUUGUAGACUAGGAGACAUCCCCCAAAAAUCGGUCUUCUCUCAAAAACCUACAAACUAAUAUGGUCACUCUAUGGAAAGAUGAGACUCUCACGAACAUGAUGGUAUUCUCCAGGACUCGUCUGAAGGUAACUUGGUAUGUGAAGUAUGGAAGUCGUUUUGUACCAACAAAAAAAAGGGCUUAAAUAUGUGUCCAAAUUAAAAUAUAUUUCUUAUAUUUCCUAGAUAGGACAGACACUUCAAAACCUUACUCCUUAUGAUACAUUUUUUGAAUGUCUAUUUUGCCAUUGAUGAGUGGGUUAUUCAAAACAUGUCUAUGGGCUAUAGUAGUAAUUUAAAAUGUAUUAUUUUAUACCUAUAGGGGUCCUAAAAUUCUAAAUAAAAUAGCUGAAUGGACAACUAUGAUACCCAAACUAUGACUGUCAACACUUACAUCUGCCAUCAUCUCUUAUGACCGAAAAUAGCUUUUGGAAAUCAGGACAGUGAUUACUCACCUCGUAAUGGACAAAUAUUUUUUCAUUAACGAGUCGGACGCAAAGGAUUUCCUUCAGACAUCCGACAAGGCCCAAAUCCCCGUCAUUCACAGGAGAAAGAGACAGAAAUAUCGGGGACGUAGGUCGGGAUGCCUUGUAAGGAUGUGACGGCGAGUGGGUAAUCUGCCUCUACCAUCACUCCUAUUAGCCAAUGUGCAAUCAUUGGAAAAGAAAAUAGACGAGCUACGAUCACAAAUAUCCUACAAACGGGAAAACGUAUAUUUCACCAAGUCGUGGCUGAACGACAACAUGGAUAACGUACAGCUGGCGGGGUUUACGCUGCAUCGGCAAGAUAGAACAGCCGCCUCCGGUAAGACAAGGGGUGGCGGUCUGUGUUUAUUUGUAAACAACAGUUGGUGCACGAAAUCUAAUACUAAGAAAGUAUUGCGGUUUUGCUCGCCUGAGGUAGAGUAUCAUGAUAAGCUGUAGACCACACUAUUUACCAAGAGAGUUUUCAUCUAUAUUACUCGUAGCUGUCUAUUUACCACAUCAAACCGAUGCCGGCACUAAGACCACACUCAGUGAGCUGUAUAAGGCCAUAAGCAAACAGGAAAACGCUCAUCCAGAAGUGGCGCUCCUAGUGGCUGGGGACUUUAAUGCAGGGAAACUUACAUUCGUUUUACCUAAUUUCUACCAUCAUGUUAAAUGUGCUACCAGAGUUUAAACAACUCUAGACCACAUUUACUCCACACACAGAGACACGUACAAAGCUCUCCCUCGCCCUCCAUUUGGCAAAUCUGAUCAUAAUUCUAUCCUCCUGAUUCCUGCAUACAAGCAAAAACUAAAGCAGGAAGCACCAGUGACUCGGUCAAUAAAGAAGUGGUCAGAUGAAGCAGAUGCUAAGCUACAGGACUGUUUUGCUAGCACAGACUGGAAUAUGUUCCGGGAUUCUUCCGAAGGCAUUGAGGAGUACACCACAUCAGUCACUGGAUUCAUCAAUAAGUGCAUCGAUGACGUCGUCCCCACAGUGACCGUACAUACUUACCCCAACCAGAAGCCAUGGAUUACAGACAACAUCCGCACUGAGCUAAAGGGAAGAGCUGCCGCUUUCAAGGAGCGGGACUCUAACCCGGACGCUUAUAAGAAAUCCCACUAUGCCCUCCGAUGAACCAUCAAACAGGCAAAGCGUCAAUACAGGACUAAGAUUGAAUCGUACUACACCGGCUCCGACGCGCGUCGGAUGUGGCAGGGCUUGCAAACUAUUACAGACUACAAAGGGAAGCAUAGCCACAAGCUGCCCAGUGACACAAGCCUACUAGACGAGCUAAAUUACUUCUAUGCUCGCUUCGACGCAAGCAACACUGAAGCAUGCAUGAGAGCAUCAGCUGUUCCGGACGACUGUGAGUAAGAUCUUUAAACAGGUCAAUAUUCACAAGGCCGCAGGGCCAGACGGAUUACCAGGACGUGUACUUCACUGACAUUUUCAACCUGUCCCUGACUGAGUCUGUAAUACCAACAUGUUUUAAGCAGACCACCAUAGUCCCUGUGCCCAAGAACACUAAGGUAACCUGCCUAAAUGACUACAGACCCGUAUCACUCACGUCUGUAGCCAUGAAGUGCUCUCAUCAACACCAUUAUCCCAGAAACCCUAGACACACUCCAAUUUGCAUACCGCCCCAACAGAUCCACAGAUGAUGCAAUCUCUAUUGCACUCCACACUGCCCUUUCCCACCUGGAUAAAAGGAACAACUACGUGAGAAUGCUAUUCAUUGACUACAGCUCAGCGUUCAACAACAUAGUGCCCUCAAAGCUCAUCACUAAGCUAAGGACCCUGGGACUAUACACCUCCCUCUGCAACUGGAUCCUGGACUUCCUGACGGGCCGCCCCAAGUUGGUAAGGGUAGGUAACAACACAUUUGCCACGCUGAUCCUCAACACGGGGGCCCCUCAGGGGUGCGGGCUCAGUCCCCUCCUGUACUCCCUGUUCACCCAUGACUGCAUGGCCAGGCACGACUCCAACACCAUCAUUAAGUUUGCCGACGACACAACAGUGGUAGGCCUGAUCACCGACAACGAUGAGACAGCCUAUAGGGAGGAGGUCAGAGACCUGGCCGUGUGGUGCCAGGAUAACAACCUUCCCCUCAAUGUGAUCAAGACAAAGGAGAUGAUUUUGGACUACAGGAAAAAAAAAGAGGACUGAGCACGCCCCCAUUCUCAUCGACGGGGCUUUAGUGGAACAGGUUGAAAGCUUCAAGUUCCUUGGUGUCCACAUCACCAACAAACUAUCAUGGUCCAAACACACCAAGACAGUCGUGCAGAGGGCACGACAAAGCCUAUUCCCCCUCAGGAGACUGAAAACAUUUGGCAUGGAUCCUCAGAUCCUCAAAAAGUUCUACAGCUGCACCAUCGAGAGCAUCCUGAAUGGUUGCAUCACCGCCUGGUAUGGCAACUGCUCGGCCUCCGACCGCAAGGCACUACAGAGGGUAGUGCGUAUGGCCCAGUACAUCACUGGGGCCAAGCUUCCUGCCAUCCAGGACCUCUAUACCAGGCGGUGUCAGAGGAAGGCCCUAAAAAUUGUCAAAGAGUUCAGCCACCCUAGUCAUAGACUGUUCUUUCUGCUACCGCACGGUAAGCGGUACCGGAGCGCCAAGUCUAGGUCCAAAAGGCUUCUUAACAGCUUCUACCCCCAAGCCAUAAGACUCCUGAACAUCUAAUCAAAUGGCUACCUGGACUAUUUGCAUUGUCCCCCCCACCCCAACCACCCCCCAUUUACGCUGCUACCACUUUCUGUUUAUAAUCUAUGCAUAGUCACUUUAACUCUAUCUACAUUAACAUAUUACCUCAAUUACCUCGACUAACCUGUGUCCCCGCACAUUGACUCUGUACUGGUACCCCCUGUAUAUAGCCUCGCUACAGUUAUUUUACUGCUGCUCUUUAAUUAUUUGCUUUUUAUUUUUAAUUUUUUACUAAUCCAUUUCUUACUCAACAAUUUUUUUUCUUAAAACUGCAUUGUUGGGGGACUUGUAAGUAAGCAUUUCACUGUAAGGUCAACACCUGCAUGUAACAGAUAACAUUUAACUUGAUUUGAAUGUGCAUGUUGGAUCUUGUUGAUUGCAGCAUUCAUGUCCAUUCAUGAGCUGUAAAACAUUGAAUUGAAUGCUUUUGUGAAAAUCAUUAGGAUGCAGGAUGUGAAUGUAACUCUAUUUCAGGAUUGUCAGGGGUCUGUUGGAGGUAUUGCAGCUUGACUUUGAGACCAAGGAGUUGACUGAUCAACAAUCAGAGAGCCAGAUGAUCACAUGGCGUUUUGAGACAGGAAACAUCAAGGAUGUCGGCGUCAUGAGGAUCUAUACCACUCAGAGGGAGUACGUGGGCCUGGCACCACUGGUCAUGGUAAGGAGUGUGUGUGAGUAUGUGUGUGUGCGUGCAUGCACGUGUGCUCGUGUGCGUGCAUGUGUGGCAUUUUAUGUGUGUGCACGUGUGGCAUUUUCUUAGUAUACGUGAAUGCACCCGUGUGCGUGCACAUGUUUGUGUAUGCCGGUUUGUAUGGCACAGCUUUAGUUGCAUUAACAGUAACACCACCACUGUAUUCUCCCCGUAGCUUGACUGUGAGUUGAAUUAAACUCCCCUGGAUGUGCAAUUAAGUGUAGGCUGGGUGUUCCAUCAAUUUACUUCUGUUGUUCUCUCAUCGGGUUUGAUGUUUUAUGGAUGCUAUAAAGGAACAAUAAAGCGUGUGUGUAAAUGAUUGGGAGAGCCCUGGAGAGGGGAUGUCAGGAGGGUGUCAAUGUGUUAAUUGUUGUACGGCUGAGUGCCAGCUCUCUUGGCCUCUAGCUUUGAUAACAUCAGGGCUGUUCUGGCCCAGGUCACACUCUCCCUCAGUCAGUGUUAAUGAAGUUGACAUUCAUUGAGAGGAUCAAACGGCUCCCAUAGGUAGGAAUGAACCAACUUUGUAAUGAAGCCACAAUGCGUAUUGCUUUAUAAAAUGUCUGCCUAAGUACGUACAAAGUACAGAUCUGGAUUGUCAGAAGACGUUAAUACCAUCUGACCGGAAUCAAGCACACUUCCGUUACAUGUUUGUCAGUACUUGACACAUUCACAGCAGUGUUUGUGCUACAAAUCCCAUAUGGAUUACUUCAGUACAGUAGGUUUGUACCAAUAGUAAUUUAGGUUUGGGUAACUUUCAGAGGCAGAACUUGCCCUUUUUGAAUCGCGGUCAACAGCUUUUGUGCUGUGCUGCUGAGUUUAGAACGGCUGACAGGCUGCCCCGCAACAUCUGUCUGGUGCUGCAGUUAAAUCUACACCAGGCCAGGGCAUACAGUCAUCAGCCACUGUAUCCACCCCUACACCUCCUAGAUUAGGAAGACAUUUUAUUAGAGAGUAUCACGGCCAGAAAACUGUUUUGAAUCAAUGUUCGAAAAGAGGUUAUGGAGCUAUUAGAGAGAUUUUAUCAGCCGUAGAUCAACGUUGACUUGUCUAUUCAUGUUGAGAAGUUACACUUAGCAGUUAAACACAAUAAACAGUACAAGGAAGUGCGUGUGCAUGUGAUUGUGUGUGUGCAUGCGUGCGUGCAUGUGUAUGUAAAUGCAAUUUUUAAAAAUGCAUUUGUGUGAUAAUCUGCCUGCCUCACACGGUCACUCUGUCCUGUCUGGCCCCCCUGUAGGACAGUGACGUGCUGAACACAGCUGUUCUGACUGCUAAGAAGGUGUCUGUCCCAGUCAGGACUCUGGCUGUGGAGGCUGACGGCUCUGUCACUGAUGUCACCAACUACACCAACUGCAAGUCCACUGACGAAAACGUGCUGAAGGUACAGCAUUGGAAUCCCUGUUUCAAUGUUCACUGUUUCCGUAUGUUGCAAGAUAACAAAACAACCCUCCUUAUGACUAUCACAUUCAGAAUAAUUCAGAGACCAUACUACAACCAUACUAAAAAGCUUGCAUGUGGAUUUCAUGUGAUCAGUAUUACUAGAGCAGAGGUUGUAUAAAAGAGGAUCUCGUGGAGCCAAGGCAAUGGGACUUUGAGAGCGAGAGAGAGAGAGAGAGAGACGAAAUUGAGAAAUAGAUAGAUAGAGAGCAAGCAAGGAAAUUAUAUUAUAGCCUAACAUUUUCCAUUGAGGUUACUCACCCGGGCAGGUCUUUUCAAGGUUAGCCCCGGAAUGUAGGUUUGUAUUUCUGACUCAUGAAGAAUGUGGAUCUUUAUCCAGUUUCUUUCAUAUCACUCUCUCUUCCAGAUCAGAGACCCCUCUUAGAGUAAAGCAUCUCACUGGGUCAGGGUAAAGGAUGAUCCCCGAGCAUGGAUACAUUUCUAUACACAUAAACACAGAUACAGUAUGAUGCCACCCUAGUCAUAGACUGUUCUCUCUGCUACUGCAUGGCAAGCGGUACCAGAGCGCCAAGUCUAGGUCCAAAAUGCUUCUUAACUGCUUCUACCCCCAAGCCAUAAGACUCCUGAACAGCUAAUCAAAUGGCUACCCGGACUAUUUGCAUUGAGAUUGGAGUAUCUGUCCAUAGGACCACUUUAAGCCAUAUACUCCACAGAGCUGGGCUUUACGGAAGAGUGGCCAGAAAAAAAGCCAUGGCUUAAAGAAAAAAAUAAGCAAACACGUUUGGUGUUCGCCAAAUGCCAUGUGGGAGACUCCCCAAACAUAUGGAAGAAGGCACUCUGGUCAGAUGACACUAAAAUUGAGCUUUUUGGCCAUCAAGGAAAAUGCUAUGUCUGGCGCAAACCCAACACCUCUCAUCACCCUGAGAACACCAUCACCACAGUGAAGCAUGGUGGUGGCAGCAUCAUGCUGUGGGGAUGUUUUUCAUUGAAUGAUGGAUGGCGCUAAAUACAUGGAAAUUCUUGAGGGAAACCUGUUUCAGUCUUCCAGAGAUUUGAGACUGGGACGGAGGUUCACCUUCCAGCAGGACAAUGACCCUAAGCAUACUGCUAAAGCAACACUCGGGUGGUUUAAGGGGAAACAUUUAAAUGUCGUGGAAUGGCCUUGUAAAAGCCCAGACCUCAAUCCAAUUGAGAAUCUGUGGUAUGACUGGUUUGAGAUUGUUUUUUAAAUUUUAUUUCACCUUUUUUUAAUCAGGCAAGCCAGUUGAGAACAAGUUCUCACUUACAAUUGCGACCUGGCCAAGACAAAGCAAAGCAGUGCGAUUAAAAACAACAACACAGAGUUACAUAUGGGGUAAAACAAAACAUAAAGUCAAAAAUACAACAGAAAAUAUAUAUACAGUGUGUGCAAAUGUAGCAAGUUAUGGAGGUAAGGCAAUAAAUAGGCUAUAGUGCAAAAUAAUUACAAUUAGUAUUAACACUGGAAAGAUAUAAGUGCAAGAGAUGAUGUGCAAAUAGAGAUACUGGGGUGCAAAUUAGCAAAAUAAAUAACAAUAUGGGGAUGAGGUAGUUGGGUGGGCUAAUUUCAGAUGGGCUGUUUACAGGUGCAGUGAUCGGUAAGGUGCUCUGACAACUGAUGCUUAAAGUUAGUGAGGGAGAUAAGAGUCUCCAGCUUCAGAGAUUUUUGCAAUUCCUUCCAGUCAUUGGCAGCAGAGAACUGGAAGGAAAUGGCGGCCAAAGGAGGUGUUGGCUUUGGGGAUGACCAGUGAGAUAUACCUGCUGGAGCGCAUACUACGGGUGGGUGUUGCUAUGGUGACCAAUGAGCUAAGAUAAGGCGGGGAUUUGCCUAGCAGUGAUUUAUAGAUGGCCUGGAGCCAGUGGGUUUGCCGACGAAUAUGUAGUGAGGACCAGCCAACAAGAGCGUACAGGUCACAGUGGUGGGUAGUAUAUGGGGCUUUGGUGACAAAACGGAUGGCACUAUGAUAGACUACAUCCAAUUUGCUGAGUAGAGUGUUGGAAGCUAUUGUGUAAAUGACAUCGCCGAAGUCAAGGAUCGGUAGGAUAGUCAGUUUUACGAGGGCAUGUUUGGCAGCAUGAGUGAAGGAGGCUUUGUUGCGAAAUAGGAAGCCGAUUCUAGAUUUAACUUUGGAUUGGAGAUUCUUAAUGUGAGUCUGGAAGGAGAGUUUACAGUCUAACCAGACACGUAGGUAUUUGUAGUUGUCCACAUACUCUAGGUCAGACCCGUCGAGAGUAGUGAUUCUAGUCGGGUGGGCGGGUGCCAGCAGCGUUCGAUUGAAGAGCAUGCAUUUAGUUUUACUAGUGUUUAAGAGCAGUUGGAGGCUACUGAAGGAGUGUUGUAUGGCAUUGAAGCUCGUUUGGAGGUUUGUUAACACAAUGUCCAAUGAAGGGCCAGAUGUAUACAAAAUGGUGUCGUCUGCAUAGAGGUGGAUCUGAGAGUGACCAGCAGCAAGAGUGACAUCAUUGAUAUACACAGAGAAAAGAGUCUGCCCAAGAAUUGAACCCUGUGGCACCCCCAUAGAGACUGCCAUAGGUCCAGACAACAGGCCCUCCGAUUUGACACAUUGAACUCUAUCUGAGAAGUAGUUGGUGAACCAGGCGAGGCAGUCAUUUGAGAAACAAAGGCUAUUUAGUCUGCCAAUAAGAAUGCAGUGGUUGACAGAGUCGAAAGCCUUGGCCAGGUCGAUGAAGACGGCUGCACAGUACUGUCUAUUAUCGAUCGCGGUUAUAAUAUCGUUUAGGACCUUGAGCGUGGCUGAGGUGCACCCAUGACCAGCUCGGAAACCGGAUUGCAUAGCGGAGAAGGUGCGGUGGGAUUCGAAAUAGUCGGUGAUCUGUUUGUUAACUUGGCUUUCAAAAACAUUUGAAAGGCAGGGCAUGAUGGAUAUACAGUGGGGGGGAAAAAGUAUUUAGUCAGCCACCAAUUGUACAAGUUCUCCCACUUAAAAAGAUGAGAGAGGCCUGUAAUUUUCAUCAUAGGUACACGUCAACUAUGACAGACAAAUUGAGGAAAAGAAAUCCAGAAAAUCACAUUGUUGGAUUUUUAAUGAAUUGAUUUGCAAAUUAUGGUGGAAAAUAAGUAUUUGGUCACCUACAAACAAGCAAGAUUUCUGGCUCUCACAGACCUGUAACUUCUUCUUUAAGAGGCUCCUCUGUCCUCCAUUCGUUUCCUUUAUUAAUGGCACCUGUUUGAACUUGUUAUCAGUAUAUAAGACACCUGUCCACAACCUCAAACAGUCACACUCCAAACUCCACUAUGGCCAAGACCAAAGAGCUGUCAAAGGACACCAGAAACAAAAUUGUAGACCUGCACCAGGCUGGGAAGACUGAAUCUGCAAUAGGUAAGCAGCUUGGUUUGAAUAAAUCAACUGUGGGAGCAAUUAUUAGGAAAUGGAAGACAUAAAAUACCACUGAUAAUCUCCCUCGAUCUGGGGCUCCACGCAAGAUCUCACCCCGUGGGGUCAAAAUGAUCACAAGAACGGUGAGCAAAAAUCCCAGAACCACACGGGGGGACCUAGUGAAUGACCUGCAGAGAGCUGGGACCAAAGUAACAAAGCCUACCAUCAGUAACACACUACGCCGCCAGGGACUCAAAUCCUGCAGUGCCAGACGUGUCCCCCUGCUUAAGCCAGUACAUGUCCAGGCCCGUCUGAAGUUUGCUAGAGUGCAUUUGGAUGAUCCAGAAGAGGAUUGGGAGAAUGUCAUAUGGUCAGAUGAAACCAAAAUAUAACUUUUUGGUAAAAACUCAACUCGUCGUGUUUGGAAGACAAAGAAUGCUGAGUUGCAUCCAAAGAACACCAUACCUACUGUGAAGCAUGGGGGUGGAAACAUCAUGCUUUGGGGCUGUUUUUCUGCAAAGGGACCAGGACGACUGAUCCGUGUAAAGGAAAGAAUGAAUGGGGCCAUGUAUCGUGAGAUUUUGAGUGAAAACCUCCUUCCAUCAGAAAGGAUAUUGAAGAUGAAACGUGGCUGGGUCUUUCAUUAUGACAAUGAUCCCAAACACACCGCCCGGGCAACGAAGGAGUGGCUUCGUAAGAAGCAUUUCAAGGUCCUGGAGUGGCCUAGCCAGUCUCCAGAUCUCAACCCCAUAGAAAAUCUUUGGAGGGAGUUGAAAGUCUGUGUUGCCCAGCGACAGCCCCAAAACAUCACUGCUCUUGAGGAGAUCUGCAUGGAGGAAUGGGCCAAAAUACCAGCAACAGUGUGUGAAAACCUCGUGAAGACUUACAGAAAACGUUUGACCUGUGUCAUUGCCAACAAAGGGUAUAUAACAAAGUAUUGAGAAACUUUUGUUAUUGACCAAAUACUUAUUUUCCACCAUAAUUUGCAAAUAAAUUCAUAAAAAAUCCUACAAUGUGAUUUUCUGGAUAUUUUUUUCUCAUUUUGUCUGUCAUAGUUGACAUGUACCUAUGAUGAAAAUUACAGGCCUCUCUCAUCUUUUUAAGUGGGAGAACUUGCACAAUUGGUGGCUGACUAAAUACUUUUUUUCCCUACUGUAUAUAGCCUCGUUACUGUUAUUUUAUUGUUGCUCUUUAAUUAUUUUAUUUUUUUCUAAUAUUUUUUUUUCUCCAAAAAUUGUUUAACUUAUUGUUAACUUCAGUUUAUUUUAGUAAAUACUUUCUUAACACUUAUUUUUCUUAAAACUGCAUUGUUGGUUAAGGGCUUGUAAGUGACAAAUACAGUUUUAUUUUAUUUUAUUUGAUGGUUCCACAUUAUGCUCUUUCUCUCUUCUCUCUCUCAGCACAUAAAUGGAUAAGCCUAUGUGACUAUGGACACAGGGACCUCAUAUUUGAUAGAUAGCAUGGUCUUGUAGACUUCAGCUUGCUAACCACUUAAAUAACUCCACAGGUGUCGGAUCGUUGUGACUAUGUGUUUGUGAAUGGGAAGGAGACGAGAGGGAGGAUGAGGAUGGUGCUCAACUUCACCUACAGCUACCUCAGUGCCCAGCUGGAGAUGAGUGUGUGGAUGCCACGCCUCCCCCUGCUCAUCGACGUGGCUGACCCAGAGCUCAGCCAGAUCAAGGGCUGGAGGGUCCCGGUGGCCGCUGGCAACAAGAGGUAUGGUUUUGUUUACAAUAACAACUCUCCACAUACCGAUGUUGACAGAGCCUUCGUCUUGGUCAAUGCUAUUUUAAAGCCAUAGUACAAAUUGGGAGAGCUGAUGCCAAGACCUGCUGCAGCAAGGCUGGAGUUUGACAUUCAUUACAUUUUAAAGAAGGAUUUGAUCAAUUGUGAGUUGCACAAACUUCAUAACAAAUCAUCAAAAGAGCUACUAGUAGUGGCCCACUGCAUAGUGACAAAGGAUGAAAUCAAAGAACAUUAAAUGUAAGUAGGAUUUCACAGAGCUAUACCCAGAAUCCUAAAGCCCUAAACCACAAAAUAGUGUUUGUUUACCAGCCUCAUAAACUAGAGCUGUGCUGUUCAGACAGAUAGAUGAAUUCAUAAAUGCAAGUAUGGAAUGGAAAUCCCCCAGCUUACCAGCCUUGCCUAAUGCAUAUUACAGAGAGACUCUAUAAUAAUAAUCUAUAAUCACAUCACUGUUAGUUACAUAAGUGUGUUAUGCCCUGUAGAAUGGACUGUAAAGACUUGCUCUCAGGAAACAUGUCAGGAGGGUCUCUCUCAGUACUGAGUGUCGUACCGCUGCCUCAAUACAAUGACGUGGAUGGAUGGUUGUGUAGGGUGUUGUUGUUGUUUUUCUCUGGAGGUAUCUUAACAAAUCAAAUCAAAUCAAAUUGUAUUUUCCACAUGCGCCGAAUACAACACGUGUAGACCUUACAGUGAAAUGCUUACUUACAAGCCCUUAACCAACAAUGCAGUUUUAAGAAAAUAAAGUGUUAAGUAAAGAAUAGAUAAGUAAAAAAUAAGUAAAUAGCAGCAGUAAAAUUAAAUAACAGUACCGAGGCUAUAUACAGAGGGUACCGGUACACAGUCAAUGUCCUGGGGCACCGGUAAGUCGAAGUAAUUGAGGUAAUAUGUACGUGGGUAGAGUUAAAGUGACUAUGCAUAGAUAAUAAACAGAGUAGCAGCAGCGUAAAAGAGGGGGUGGGGUGGGGUGGGGUGGGGGGGUCAAUGCAAAUAGUCUGGGUAGCCAUGGUUAGCUGUUCAGGAGUCUUAUGGCUUGGGGUAGAAGCUGUUAAGAAGCCUUUUGGACCUAGACUUUUUGCCGUGCGGUAGCAGAGAGAGCAGUCUAUGACUAGGGUGGCUGGAGUCUUUGACAAUUUUUAGGGCCUUUCUCUGACACCGCCUGUUAUAGAGGUCCUGGAUGGCAGGAAGCUUGGCCCCAGUGAUGUACGGGCCAUACACACUAUCCUCUGUAGUGCCUUGCGGUCGGAGGCCGAAGAGUUGCCAUACCAGGCGGUGAUGCAACCAAUCAAGAUGCUCUCGAUGGUGCAGCUGUAUAGGAUAUAGGAUCUGGGGACCCAUCCCAAAUCUUUCCAGUCUCCUGAGGGGGAAUAGACUUUGUCGUGCCCUCUUCACGACUGUCUUGGUGUGUUUGGACCAUGAUAGUUUGUUGGUGAUGUGGACACCAAGGAACUUGAAUCUCCCAACCUGUUCCACUACAGCCCCGUGGAUGAGAAUUGGGCGUACUCAGUCCUCUUUUUCUUCCUGUAGUCCACAAUCAUCUCCUUUGUCUUGAUCACGUUGAGGGAGAGGUUGUUAUCCUGGCACCACACGGCCAGGUCUCUGACCUCCUCCCUAUAGGCUGUCUCAUCGUUGUCGGUGAUCAGGCCUACCACUGUUGUGUCGUCGGCAAACUUAAUGAUGGUGUUGGAGUCGUGCCUGGCCAUGCAGUCAUAGGUGAACAGGGAGUACAGGAGGGGACUGAGCACGCACCCCUGAGGGGCCCCCGUGUUGAGGAUCAGCGUGGCAAAUGUGUUGUUACCUACCUUUACCACCUGGGGGUGGCCCGUCAGGAAGUCCAGGAUCCAGUUGCAGAGGGAGGUGUUUAGUCCCAGGGUCCUUAGCUUAGUGAUGAGCUUUGAGUGCACUAUGGUGUUGAACACUGAGCUGUAGUCAAUGAAUAGCAUUGUCACAUAGGUGUUCCUCUUGUCCAGGUGGGAAAGGGCAGUGUGGAGCGCAAUAGAGAUUGCAUCAUCUGUGGAUCUGUUGGGGCGGUAUGGAAAUUGGAGUGGGUCUAGGGUUUCUGGGAUAAUUGUGUUGAUGUGAGCCAUGACCAGCCUUUCAAAGCACUUCAUGGCUGCAGACGUGAGUGCUAUGGGUCGGUAGUCAUUUAGGCAGGUUAUAUUAGUGUUCUUGGGCACUUUACUAUGGUGGUCUGCUUGAAACAUGUUGGUAUUACAGACUCAGUCAGGGACAUGUUGAAAUUGCUAGUGAAGACAGUGAAGACAUGGUUAUGGGUGGUGUCAGAGCCAGCUACCCAAGCCCAUUUUGCAUACAUCUGUCAGUUCUUGGUUUGAGUAUACUUAAGUAAUAAGGCCCGAGGGGUUGUGGUGUAUGGCCAAUAUCGUCUCAUAAACACACGGGUGGGUGGUUAGGUUUAGCCAAUUAGCGUCCAGUAUCCAAACUACCCGGUUUACACAAUUUAUCAAAUGUUUAGUCUUCCAUUACUCUGGUCAUAGCCAUACAUCCCCUGAGUCUCUGUGUGUGUGUCUCAGGACCAGCUGGGACAGUGAGGAAGAGGAGGAGAUGAGGAAGGGCAGGGGCUGCAUGCUACAGUACCAACACACUGUGGUCAGGGUGCUCACACCCUUUGUGGCCGAGCCGUCGGACCCAGCUCCAGACCCCAUGGCAGGGAAAGUGGGUGGGUCUCUGGAGAGUUUCCUGGGGACAGACUGGCAGGUGGAUGUCACCAGGCUGGUGCGUUACACUUUCAGGGUGAGAGACCCAGCUAUAGCCAGACUACAGGCUGGGACUGUACUGCAGGGACGUGCUGCAGGGACCACGACUCUACAGGUAAUGUGUGUGUGUGUGUGUUUGUAUGUAUGUGUGUGUGCGUGUGUGCAUGUGUGCUCAUGUAUACAUACAGUUCCUUCAGAAGGUAUUCACACCCUUGACUUUUUCCACAUUCUGUUGUGUUACAGCCUGCAUUUAAAAUGGAUUAAAUUGAGAUUUUGUGUCACUGGCCUACACACAGUAACCCAUAAUGUCAGAGUGGAAUUAUGUUUUUAGAAAUUAUUACACAUUUUAUUAAAAAUGUAAAGCUGAAAUGUCUUGAGUCAAUAAGUAUUCAAACCCUUUGUUAUGGCAAGCCUAAAUAAGUUCAGGAGUAAAAAUGUGCUUACAAGUCACAUAAUAAGUUGCAUGGACAAUAAUAGUGUUUAACAUUAAUUUUGAAUGACUACCUCAUCUCUGUACCGAACACAUACAAUUAUCUGUAAGGUCCCUCAAUGGUGAAGUUAUUAAUUACACUUUGGAUGGUGUAUCAGUACAACCAGUCACUACAAAAACAGAGACGUCCUUCCUAACUCAGUUGCCAGAGAGGAAGGAAACCACUCAGGGAUUUCACCAUGAGGCCAAUGGCUGUGAUAGGAGAAAACUGAGGAUGGAUCAACAACAUUGUAGUUACUCCACAAUACUAACCUAAAUGACAGAGUGAAAAGAAGGAAGCCUGUACAGAAUACAAAUAUUCCAAAACAUGCAUCCUGUUUGCAAUAAGGCACUAAAGUAAAACUGCAAAAAAUGUGGCAACUUUAUGUCCUGAAUACAAAGUGUUAUGUUUGGAGGAAAUACAACACGUCACUGAGUACCACUCUUCAUAUUUUCAAGCAGGGUGGUGGCUGCAUGAUGUUAUGGGUAUGCAAGGACUAGGGAGUUUUUUAGGAUGAAAAAAAUAAAUACGGAAUAGGGCUAAGCACAUGCAAAAUCCUAGAGGAAAAUCUGGUUCAGUCUGCUUUCGAACAGACACUGGGAGACAAAUUCACCUUUCAGCAGGACAAUAACCUAAAACACAAGGCCGAAUAUACACUGCCGUUGCUUACCAAGACGACAUUGAAUUUUCCUCAGUGGCCUAAUUUAAUCCCACUUUGUAACGCAACAAAAUGUGGAAAAAGUCAAGGGGUGUGAAUACUUUCUGAAGGCACUGUAUGUGUCUGUGUGUACACUAAUGUGUGUGUAUGAUGUUGCAGGUGAUGUCUCCUCUGUCUGACUCGAUCCUGGCUGAGCGGAUGGUCAGGGUUCUGGAUGACAAAGUGAGCGUGACAGAGCUGGGAGUGCAGCUGGUCUCUGGCCUCUCUCUGUCCCUCCAGCUCAGCCCAGGGAGCAACAGGGCCAUCGUCGCCACGACAAUCACACAGGAAGUCAUGCAGAAACCCAAACAGGUAACUAGCUGUAACAUCAAACCUGUAUUAAACCUAUUAUGCAAAAUAUAGUACUUCCAAUAUAGUACUUGUUCCAAAGAACAAGCCCCAACACAAUGUGCCAUUCAGAAGCUGGGGGACUACUAGAUGACUAGCAAUACUAGAAAAACUGUACCCUCAAAGCCCUUCACAGAUAUUAGGCAAGAAAAUGAUCAAUUUCACAGUGAAUAACAGUAACCUGGUGGUCUAGCAGCAUAUGGUUUGUCCCUGUGAUUUCUGUGUGUGUGAGUUAAUGGCGUCCACAGCUCAGGCCUGUGGUACAGUGGCCAUGCUGUGCGUCAGGCAGGGAGCACGCACACAGUUUAACAGCUCACACAUUAGCUGGGCAGCAUGCCCAUUCAAAAACACUUCCCAAACUGUGAGCGGGGAAACCAUUAGGCAGUAGUCCAUACUCCAUAGCCAGCAUUAUGACAGCCCUGUGCUGCCUUGGGGCCUGGCGAACUGCUAGCUUGACCCAGUCAGUACUCAACCUAUUAGAACGGAGCUAGCACACAUGCCCAUUUGUUUCUGUGAUUGGCUGUGUUAAUGUAAGAUUCUGGGCUAUGCAUAAUGUAUUUCCCCUCAGAAUAUGGGCCAGGCAUCUUUCUCUAAUCAUUCUUAUCAGCUAACAGCUCUCUGGUUCAAUGGUAACUGGACUGAACUUGUGGUGGGGGAAAUUAUCUACAUUGCUCCCUCUGGUGGCUAUUGUUAACGGUGUUUAUUAUGCAUCUACUGGAUAUUGAUAUUGAUCCCCUGUGGUUAAAUUUAGUUUCACACCAUGAUUUGAUAGGACUGUGUUGUGUGGUACAAUAGCCUCCGAGCUAAUUAUAAAGAGAUUAACAGAGGCAGUUCUUAGAUACCGUCAAAAGGAGGGAUUAUCUAAAAUGGCAACCAAACUGACAAAACACUGAAGCAGGAAAUUAAAUAACUGUAGAAUUGUGAACCAUUGGGUUGCUUGAGGAUCAUUUGGAAAGAUACAGAAUCAGAUCAGCUCCUGCUUUACCACCUACUAUUAUGCAUUAUCACAUUAUCUAUUUAUGAGAGGGAAUAUUUGGAAAUAAAUUGAUGAACAAAACCUGGGGAGAAUAUUGAUUUCAUGAUUGCAUUGUGUACUACUUUAGAAUUUCCCUUGUCCUGUCCUGAUCCAGUCUCUGUGUUGUCUCUCUUUAGGAGGCCCUGGUCAGCUGCUGGGUCCAGUUCAGUGACGGCUCAGUGACCCCUCUGGACCUCUUCGACCGCAGCGUCUACUCCCUGACUGUGACUUCAUGGGAUGAGAGAGUGGCGACUGUGCGCCGGACCCCCCAGUCAGUGUUUGUGGUGGCGGAGGGCGAGGGUCAGGGGGCGCUGGUGAAGGCUGAGCUGAGGAUCUGUGAGGAGUGCCAGAAGUCCAAGAGAAAGAGCAAGCUGGUGGUGGGCAACGGGCUUCUCAGGGUCACUUUCCAGAUGGGCAGCAGGCCGGAUGGAGGGGGCACUGGUGGGGGUGUUGCUGACUCUGGCAAUGAUGGUUCAGAGUCAGGGGGAAAGCCUGUUGUGACAUCACCACGGGAGCCCAAACCAGUCAUGACAUCACAAUGGGAGCCUGAGCGUGUUGUGACCUCACCACGGGUUCUAACUGAGGGGGACGAAGACAGACGCUCAUUCAGGAGCACUGUGCCAGACCUCCAGGAGACCACCAUGACUGAUGUCACCACAUCACCUAGCAGGGCUCAGGAAGUGACUGGAGGUGGCAUCUCUACCAUCAGCAGCACCACUACCAACACUGACAGUAGUACCACCACCAUGGGCAAACUUGGCACGGACAAACCUCUGGUGACUGGCAGACCUGGCAGGGAUAGAACCCUGGGAAGAGGACAGGGGCUGAGGAGAGACUGGGGGAACCUGGUGGAAAACCCCAACCAGAAGAAAGAGACGCCAAAAGCAGAGGCACCACCCCAGAAAGAGCAGCCCAAGCAGUCCAAGCCACCGCAGGUGGUGGAAAGUGACCUGGUGAGGACAUUUAGAUCCAUGUCAGACCUGGAGAUCGGUAUCGUCGCCCUGGUGGGAGUCUCCGUGGUGGCCAUCCUGGCCUUCCUGCUAAACUGCACCUCCUAUAACCUCUGCUUCCGGGGCCACAAGACCCCCGUCCAGGGCAACCCAGAUCCCAAAAGCCCUAAGGAGCAGAGGAAUGACUGGGUGUCACUGGGGACCACCACAGGUCCCCAGGUCUCCAUCCUCAAACGGGAGAACCACCGCUCUACGGAAUCCCACCGCAGCCUGCAGAGACAAUGCUCCACAGAUAGCCACCGGGCCCUGGAGAGCAGUCUGAGUAUCAGUGCUAUCCCAGAGAGGACAGCCACCCUGGGCAGGAGGACCAGCUCCCAGCAGGUCCCCACCCUGGACCCCAUUGCCCAGCGUUCAGCCACCCUCCUAGCCAAGCCCACCUGCAGCAAUCCCCUCCACUCCCCCACCAGCAAGAGAAACCAGGUCCAGUUCACCACCUUCACCACGCUGGACAUUAAGCACCUGGCUGCCCUGAAGAGGAACGAAGUGGACUUUAACUGGCCCAGUCAGGCUGGGGAAGCUGGGGAGCCUCAGGGGCCCUUACCUGACAUGCCAUGGCCUGUAGUCAGGCCCCUGGGCGAGCCACAGUGA